UAUUUUGCGGCUGCGAGCUGAUUCCUACCAUAGCUGUCAACACUAUGGCGGAGGCGGCGGGCGAUGUAAAUGAAGUAUUCUCUAGGUUAUUUGAUCAUCGGCCAUUUCUCAAGGGGGAAAUCGAAUUUUUUAAGAAGGAAUUUGAGGAGAAGCGUGGUGACAGAGAGGUUGAGCAGUUGUUUCGAUCCCUAGAGCUCAUCACAGAGAUCAAGGAGGGGCAGGUAGAGAAGAUAGUUAAUUCCUCCGAUGACAACCUUCCCCGCACGAUAGCAGACAUUCAGGUGGCUCUCCAUAUGUGUGAGGACACCUUGGAUACUGAGACCAAAUUCUCCACUGAUGAGCUGCUAGCCAAGAAGAGGGCUGAGCGAAAACUGAGGCUUGCAAGUGUCCAACGUGAUGUUCAGGAGAAGCUGAAUCUGCUUGAGGAAAGUUACCAAGAGAAAGAAAAAGCCAUGAGGGCACGUUUUGAACAGCUGGAAAGUCGUGCUGGAUGUGUCUAAGUCUUGUACAGUCAUCUAUUUAUUCUUGAGUAUAAGCUUAGUUCAG